ACAACUGCCAGUUGUAUGUGAUCAACAGUACAGUUCAUGGUUGGCAAACAUGACCUUUGAACCAAUGUUCCCCCAGUUAUAUAAACCAGCAGCGAGAUGCCUCACUGUAUCUUAAGCUCUUGAUCCAGUCUGAUCAUGCACACGGUCCAUCUUCUCUGUUUGGCAGCUCUAAGCAUCUGCACACUAAUAACUUCUCAUCCUAUACAAAAGGAAACAAUCCAAACAGAUUUAACAAGUGAAAAUCAGAGAGCUAUGGAGGCCAAGAUCAGCAGCUAUUUCCUGAUGAUUCAAUUUGGUAAUAGGAUGAGGAAAGCCAUUCAUCAACAGUCAAAAGGAGAAAUUUUACUGAAGAAAAGAAGCAAGGACUGCUUUUCAGUACUUGAUGUUAAAAAUAAUAAUAUAAUGUGCUUGGAUGCAACCAAAAAGCCAUAUAUUUCAGCUGAUGUCAUUAAUAAGGACUGCUUUAUAACAAUUCCAAGAAAGAAUUCCUAUCAAUCUACACGCAGGAGUGAUGCAAUGAUCAAGCUUUUUGGAGCUCAAAGCCACACUGAGGCUUACAUUGCAGAAUUACCUCUUUCUCUGCAAUCAAACAACCAUAAAACACAUCUCAGGCAGAGAAGAAGCCAACAUAUUGACCCAUCUGAUCCUUUGGGAUUCGAGAAUCCCAAGUCAAGGACCACCAAUUAUCGAAGACCAAAUCCAGAGCGAGAGCGUGAGCGCAGCAGUAAUGUUUCUAAAGAGACCAUCACUUCUUAUGAUGACCCUCUACACGUACUGCUCUCCAAGAGCCCAGUCAGUCCAAAUUUACAAAAGGAAAAGAAACACAAGCAAGUUGCACCAUCUGAUCCGUUCUGAAGAAAUUACUGAUCACACCGAUCUGAAGAACUUAUAUUGUAACGUUAAGAAAGCAAAUGGUUCCGUGGAAACAUAUAACCAACAAGUAUAUGAUGCAAUCCAGGGCCUUUUUUUUCCAGCUCAGUAGUGAGGCUAGUUUAGGUCACUGCUUGUCAGUCCUUUCACCUUUUUAAGUCAGUUAAAUUUUAAACUACCUUGCAAUGCUGUGGCAAUGACGUUGCGUUCAUUAGAACUGUGCCUUUUUCAUUGAUUUAUCAUGAAAUACUAAGAAUUACAUGCAGUUGGCAAUUAUUUUCUUGCAAUGUUUGGAGUCUGCAAUUUAUAUCAUUAUAUUUCAAGUGUUGUCAGUAGACAUAAAUAUCAUAGUUUCAAACAUAUAUGAGAUGGUGCUGGCCACCUUUACUGAAUUAUUUAUUGAAGAAGUAUCGAUACGUUUUUAUUUAUUAUAUUUUAUAUUGAUGUCUUUAAUCUAAACAUCUUCGAAAAAUGAUCAAAUAUCAAUUUAUCAAAUGUGAAAAGAUUAUUUAAUUUAAGGGUAAUUUAAACAUUUCUAAGAAAGUAUUACCAGUAUUCAUAUUGAUUAUAAUGCAUUUUGCAAAAAAUGUAAUUAAUGCAUUCAAACAAUAAAAUGAUUGAAAA